AUCACCAUUGCUCUCCGCCAUGAAAGAACAAUAUCCUUAACACUAAAAACGGACUCACAAAAGGGGUCCUCAUUUUAAUUCUGUUAAAAGCUCAGGCAAACGACCGCACCGCCGCUAAAAAAGCCACAGCUGAUGAAUCCAUCGCGCAGAGUGGUACAAUCAAGCCGAGCCUGAGCUGUGUGUGUGGGGGGGUAUAGUCACUUUUACAGGACUGAAGGAAACACAACGCAAGGGAGGAAAAAAACACACUAAAACAAUUGGCACUCUGGGGUUUUAUGUUUCCUCAAGUGUCUGCGAAAUGUCUACCAAGGCAGAGCAGUUUGCCUCUAAGAUACGAUACUUGCAAGAGUAUCACAACCGUGUGCAACAUAAUAUUUACCCUGUGCCCUCUGGAACAGACAUUGCAAACACUCUGAAAUACUUUUCCCAAACCCUGCUCAGCAUUCUGUCCCGCACAGGCAGGAAGGAGAACCAGGAAGCUUCCAAUUUGGCCGUGCCCAUGACCAUGUGUCUUUUUCCUGUGCCAUUCCCACUCACCCCAUCUCUAAGACCACAAGUCAGUUCCAUCAACCCUACAGUUACUCGCUCCCUCCUUUACAGCGUUCUGCGUGAUGCCCCGUCAGACCGCGGGGGGCAGGGGCAGCAGAGUCGGGACGCUCAGCUCUCAGAGUACCCCUCUCUGGACUAUCAGGGCCUCUAUGUGACCCUCGUGACCCUGCUUGACCUGGUGCCCCUGCUGCAGCACGGUCAGCAUGAUCUGGGACAGUCCAUAUUUUAUACAACAACUUGCCUCCUGCCCUUUCUCAGUGAUGAUAUUCUCAGCACUUUGCCCUAUACUAUGAUCUCCACUUUAGCUACAUUUCCCCCUUUCCUCCACAAAGACAUCAUUGAGUACCUGAGCAACUCUUUCCUCCCCAUGGCUAUAUUGGGUUCCACUCGGAGGGAGGGUGGAGUCCCAGCCUAUGUCAAUCUGUCUGCUUCCUCUAUGCUCAUGAUUGCAAUGCAGUACACCUCAAAUCCAGUAUAUCAUUGCCAGUUGUUGGAGUGUCUAAUGAAGCACAAACAGGAAGUGUGGAAGGAUCUUCUUUAUGUCAUAUCUUAUGGUCCAUCACAAGUAAAGCCCCCAGCUGUGCAGAUGCUGUUUCAUUACUGGCCCAACCUGAAGCCACCAGGAGCCAUCAGUGAAUAUAGAGGGCUGCAGUACACAGCCUGGAAUCCCAUCCACUGUCAACAUAUUGAGUGCCACAACGCUAUCAAUAAACCCGCUGUCAAGAUGUGUAUAGAUCCAACUCUGUCUGUUGCCCUGGGAGACAAGCCCCCUCCUCUUUAUAUAUGUGAGGAGUGCAGCCAGAGGAUAGCAGGAGAUCAUGCUGAAUGGCUUGUUGAUGUACUCCUGCCUCAAGCAGAAAUAUCUGCCAUUUGUCAAAAAAAGAACUGUAGCUCUCAUGUUAGGAGGGCCGUGGUCACCUGCUUCUCUGCUGGCUGCUGUGGGCGCCAUGGCAACCGGCCUGUCCGCUACUGCAAGCGUUGCCAUGUCAACCAUCACAGCAGUGAGGUGGGGGCUGCAGCGGAGACCCAUCUGUAUCAGACCUCGCCCCCUCCCAUCAACACCCGGGAGUGCGGUGCAGAGGAGCUUGUAUGCACUGUGGAAGCUGUUAUAAGUCUUCUCAAGGAAGCAGAAAUUCAUGCAGAACAACGUGAGUUUGAGCUGAACAGGCGUCGUCAGAUGGGCUUGUCUGCCUCCCACCACUCUCUGGACAACAUUGAGUUUGAUAACAAAGAGGAUGACCAGCAUGAUCAACGCCUCCUCAGUCAGUUUGGCAUCUGGUUCCUGGUGAGCUUGUGUACCCCCAAUGAGAACACACCCACAGAGAGUCUGGCUCGACUUGUCAGCAUGGUCUUCCAGUGGUUUCACUCCACUGCCUACAUGAUGGAUGAUGAGGUUGGAAGCCUGGUAGAGAAGCUGAAGCCUCAGUUUGUCACCAAGUGGCUGAAGACAGUGUGUGAAGUGCGCUUUGACGUCAUGGUCAUGUGUUUGCUGCCUAAACCUGUUGAAUUUGCCAGGGUGGGAGGUUACUGGGACAAGUCAUGUACCGUGGUGACCCAACUGAAGGAGGGCCUUAACCGGAUCCUAUGUCUGAUACCUUACAAUGUCAUCAGUCAGCCGCUGUGGGAGUGCUUUAUGCCUGAGUGGCUGGAGGCCAUUCGCACUGAGGUGCCUGACCACCAGCUCAAAGAGUUUCGGGAAGUGCUCAGCAAGAUGUUUGAUAUUGAGUUGUGUCCCCUGCCUUUCUCCAUGGAGGAAAUGUUUGGCUUCAUCAGCUGCAGAUUCUCUGGCUACCCAGCGUCUGUGCAACAGCAAGCUCUGCUGUGGCUGCAUCUGCUGUCAGAGCUGGACAUUGUGGUUCCUCUUCAGCUGCUGAUUGGGAUGUUCUCAGAUGGAGUGAACUCUUUAAAGGAGCUGGCCAAUCAGAAGAAGACACACCACUCAGAUCUGACUGGCAACACUGGGGCUCGGAGGGUGAGUGUGGUGUCUGAUCCAGGACGCCGUGGGCAACACAACAACACCCUCAGCCCCUUCCCCAGCCCUUUCAGGAGUCCGUUCCGCAGCCCUCUGCACUGCAGCCCCUUUAAAAACCUGGGUCACGCCACCGGCCAUUGUGCCCUGGAUCUGGACUGUGAAGAUGAUGACAUGAAUCUCGGCUGCUUCAUCCUCAUGUUUGACCUCAUUCUAAAGCAGAUGGAGCUCCAGGACGAUGGUGUGAUGCUGGGUCUAGACAGCAGCCUGGGAAAGGAUAUUGUGGGCAUCAUCAACAAUGUCUUCCAGGCCCCAUGGGGUGGCUCACAUACCUGCCAGAAGGAUGAGAAGGCCCUGGAGUGCAGUCUGUGCCAAUCCAGCAUCCUGUGCUACCAGCUGGGCUGUGAGCUCCUGGAGAGGUUGACCCCCCGGGAAGAGAUACACCUGGUGGAACCCACAGAGUGUUUGGAGGAAACUUUGAUCAUGCCUCAACCAGAUUUCUCCCAUGGGGUGGAGAACAGAAGUGCGGAAGGAGACAAUCCAAGUGGCACACACACUGACAACCCCAGUAACCACUCUCCUGAUAGUGCAUCCAUGAAAAACAACUCUGAUAAGAGGUUUUCUUAUCAGCAGCUUCCGGUGUCUCUGAAGCUUAUAUACACGACUCUGCAGGAGAUGUCCAAGUUUGAGGAGCCUGACAUCUUGUUCAACAUGCUCAACUGUCUGAAGAUCCUGUGUCUCCAUGGAGAGUGUUUGUACCUUGCACGUAAGGAUCACCCCCAGUUUCUGGCCUACGUACAGGAGAAGAUGCUCAUCCCAAGUUUGUGGUCCAUGUUGAAGUCUGAGUUUUGCCAGUUAGCCUCUCUGGCUGUACCCCAGCUCCUUCAUGCUCUCUCUUUAUCCCACGGGGCUGACAUCUUCUGGACCCUCAUCAACACAAACUUCAACAACAAAGACUGGAAAAUACGAUUCGACGCAGUUGAGAAGGUAGCAGUGCUGUGUCGGUUCUUGGACAUUGGUGCGGUGACAAAAAACCACUUGCUUAAGUAUUCCCUGGCACACGCCUUCUGCUGCUUCCUGGCCUCUGUGGAGGACGUUAACCCUGCUGUGGCAACCCGGGCCAGACUUCUGCUGGACACCAUCAAGAGACCGGCCCUGCAGGGGUUAUGCCUGUGCCUGGAUUUCCAGUUUGACACUGUUGUGAGGGAUCGGCCAGUAAUACUCAGCAAACUCCUUCUGUUGCACUUCCUCAAGAAAGACAUUCCUGCACUUAGCUGGGAGUUUUUUGUCAACCGUUUUGAAACAUUGUCUCUGGAGGCUCAGUUACACCUGGACUGCAACAAGGAGUUCCCUUUCACUACUACCAUCACAGCUGUACGAACCAACGUAGCCAACCUCAGCGAUGCAGCAAUGUGGAAGAUACGACGAGCUCGUUUUGCCAGGAAUCAGCAGAAGAGUGUGCGUUCCCUCCGUGACAGUGUGAAGGGAGGUCAGACAGAGUCGAAACGGGCAUUUUCACUCCCUGAGUCACUGAGCAGUCGACUUCCCCUAAGACUUACGAGGCAAGAGCAGUCUGCCCCUACACUGGGAGAUAUGAUAGAGAAAGUCCUGCCAGUCCAUCUUGUAGGCCAGACCCCAUCUCCUGAGGAAGACACCAUCAUCAGAGACCUGCUCCCUGAGGAUGCUGGCAUAGAUCACCAGACUGUUCACCAGCUGAUCAUGGUGCUCAUGAAAUUUAUGGCCAAAGACCAAAGCAGCGCUGAGACUGACAUCGGCAGUGCCAAGGCUUUCAACACUGUAAAGCGUCACCUGUAUGUGCUGCUGGGAUAUGACCAACAGGAGGGCUGCUUCAUGAUCGCGCCUCAGAAGAUGCGCACCUCCACCUGCUUCAAUGCCUUCAUUGCUGGAAUUGCACAAGUGAUGGACUAUAAUAUUAGUCUGGGGAAGCAGCUGCUCCCUUUGGUGGUCCAGGUGUUGAAGUACUGCACGUGUCCACAGCUGAGACAUUAUUUCCAGCAGCCACCUCGAUGCUCUCUUUGGGCCCUGAGGCCACACAUUAGACAGAUGUGGCUCAAAGCCCUGCUGGUCAUUCUCUAUAAGUACCCAUAUAGAGACAUGGAUGGCAGUAAAGUGGUCCUCCAUCUGAUCCACAUCACCAUCAACACACUGAAUGCCCAGUAUCACAGCUGUCGUCCCCAUGCCACAGCAGGACCCCUCUACAGCGACAACUCCAACAUGAGCCGCUACAGCGAGAAGGAAAAAGAAGAGGACAGUGUAUUUGAUGAGUCAGAUGUUCAUGACACACCAACUGGUGCUGCUAAUAAGGAGUCACAGACCUUCUUUGCCCGCCUAAAGAGGAUUGGUGGCAGCAAGUCAGUCAAGUACCAGCCAGUAGAGCUGAAUGCCAAGAGAAGUGAAAUUGAGCUGUCAGAGUACCGCGAAGCCAGCGCCCUUCAGGACAGCAUCCUGCACUGUGUGAGGGAGGAGAGCACCAGGAAGAAGCGGCUGCAGGCCAUGCACAAGCAGAAGUCUCUGGACAUUUCUAACACAGAUUCCAUCCUCUUCAAUCUGGAUGAACACAGGCGCAAGUCAUGCAUUGAUCACUGUGAAAUGCAUGUGCCCCCAGUGGUCCUUCCCCCAUCAUCGGUAAUGUCCCACAGUAGGUAUCAUGGUAAAGGAUCCUCAGAUGGCUUUUCAGUUCGGGUGGAGGGCAGCGAUCCUGUGAAUCGGCGAGGUUCUCGGGGCGGCCAGUCCGACAUUUCCAAACCUGUCAUCCCAGAGGUCCGCCUAAGCUGCAUGGAGACCUUUGAAGACAAGUUGGAUCAGGGAUCCCUUGUGGGAUCAAUUCAGGAGAAGGAGGAUCAAGACCUCAUUGACCUCUCCUCUGACUGCACGUCCAUUCCAGAAAAACACUCCCUGCUCUCCAUGUCUGACAGUGACUCCUUAGUGUUUGAACCACUGCCUCCUUUGAGAAUUGUGGAGAGCGAUGAAGAAUUUGACCUUAACACCAUCAUAGGCUUCAAGUUCAGUGGGAGUCCAAAGGUCUCUGCUUCCCCUACCAGCAGUAACACCUUAAGACUGUCUCCGGUAGUUCAGGUGAGCGUAGAGGACUGCUCCAGUGACAAAAACACCCCUGAUCUUUUGGUGAGGGAGGCAAACUCACCGCAAUCAUUAACAGAAAAGAAGCCAAAGUGCAUGACUCCCAGCACUUCUCUGGAUCUUCCUGAUCGGCCGGAAAAUGUUGGCAAUGAAAGCCCCAUGACCCUGAAGCAGAAGAGAGACCUGCUGAGGAAAACCCCACAUGUUCCUGACACCUCAUUAGAUGAUACAUUUGUGGCCCCUGAAGAUCUGAAAACCGGAAUGGGACCUGGGACAAGCCCCUCUGGCAGGACCGUCUUCUUGGACAUCCCAGAAGACAAAGCAGAGUCUCCUUCCUCACCAGAGAAAAACAAAAAUAACAGUAAUGACGAAGAGGAGGAGGACGGUGAUGAUGAAGAGGAUGAUGAUAUGGGUGAUGACGUGGACAGCGAGCCCAAGCCUGACAAUGAAGACAAUGAUGAGGCAGAGUUUAAAAUUCAGAUUGUUCCCCGACAACGAAAGCAGAGGAAGAUAGCUGUCAGCGCUAUCCAGAGGGAAUACCUGGAUAUCUCCUUCCACACGUUCGACAAGCUGGGUGGUGAGCAGACAGCUGAAACUGAUCACAAAGUUCUGUCUACACUGGAAAAGCCACGAGAAUCUGCCUCAGCCCCAACGCUUGAAGCUGCUAUGCCUGAAACAAGCCAUCGCUCUUCAGUAUCAACACAGUACCGUCAGGUGAAGCGAGGUUCUCUGGGAGCUCUGACCAUGAGCCAGCUAAUGAAGAGACAAUUGGAGCAUCAGUCCAGCGCUCCACACAACAUCAGCACCUGGGAGGCAGGUCCUACAAAAACCAGUCUCCUCUCUGCACCAAGCACAGUCAGCAUGUUUGUCCCUGCACCUGAGGAGUUCAUCGAUGAGCAGCCUACUGCCAUGUCUGACAGAUGUCGGGACUGUGCGGCUGUGCUGGAGGAAUAUGACGAGGAGACUCUCAGCCUUGCAGUGGUGGUUCUUUCCAUGUUCAUCCACCUCAGCCCUGAUUUGGCAGCUCCGAUGCUUCUUGACAUCAUGCAGUCUGUGGGCAGGUUGGCGUCUAGUGCCAAUUUUUCUGGACAAGCUGAAAGUACAUUGAUCCCAGGGAAUGUAGCGGGUGUAGCCAAGCAGUUCCUGCGCUGUAUGCUUCACCAGCUGGCACCCAAUGGCAUCUUGCCCCAGCUCUUCCAGAGUAACAUCAAAGAUGGAAGUUUUCUGCGAACACUUGCAUCUUCGCUGAUAGAUUUCAAUGAGUUGAGUUCCAUUGCUGCUCUCAACAUGCUACUUGAGGGUCUGAAUAACAAGAAGAGUCUGCCAGCAGGGGGCACAAUGCUGCACUGCCUGGACAACAUCGCCUCCUUCAUGGAGGCACUCCCCAUGGACUCUCCUAGCAACCUGUGGACAACUAUCUGCAACCAAUUCCAGACCUUCCUCACAAAACUGCCCUCUGUGCUUCCUCUGAAGUGCCCCAUGGAUCCCAGCUUGAGGAUUAUCAUUUGUCUACUGAAAAUCCCAACUAUAAACGCAACUCGGAGCCUCCUGGAGCCCUUCUCCAAGCUGCUGAGCUUUGUGAUCCAGUAUGGCCUGUUCGGUCUCUCCUACCUCGUAGAGCUAUGUGGGCUGUGUUACAAAGCCUUCAACAAGGAGAGAGACAAGUUCUACAUGUCCCGCAUUGUGGUGUUAGAGCUUCUGCAGGCUCUGAAGUUCAAGUCUCCUUUGCCUGACACAAACUUGUUACUGCUGGUCCAGUUUGUUUGUGCAGAUAUUGGUACACGACUAGCAGAAUCCACCAUCAUCCAAAAGCACAUGAUCUCAGCGCUGCCGGGGUGCACAACAGCAGCGAUGGAAUGCAUGAGGCAAUACAUAAGUGAGCUCCUGGACUUCAUUGCAGAUAUGCACACGCUAACCAAACUUAAAAGCCAUAUGAAGGCUUGUUGUCAGCCACUACAUGAGGACACUUUAGGAGGGAACCUGAAAGUGGGCUUGGCACAGAUCGCUGCCAUGGAGAUCACCAAAGGAAAUCACCGUGAUAACAAAGCUGUGGUCCGCUAUCUUCCCUGGCUCUAUCAUCCACCAUCUACAAUGCAGCAAGGGCCAAAAGAAUUCAUUGAGUGCGUGUCUCACAUCCGCCAGUUGUCCUGGCUUCUUCUGGGCUCCCUGACACACUGUGCUCUGCACCAGGGCUCUACCUCUUGCAUGCCCAUCCCUCUAGAUGCUGGUUCUCACAUCGCAGAUCAUCUUAUUGUCAUCCUCAUUGGCUUCCCAGAGCAGUCCAAGACGUCCGUGCUGCACAUGUGCUCCUUGUUCCAUGCCUUCAUGUUCGCCCAGCUGUGGACAAUCUACUGUGAGCAGGCAGCUGCUGCUCCAUCCCUGCAGAACCAGAACCAGACAGAGUUUUCCUCCAGUGCCAUACUCACUGGCCUAGAGUUCUGGAGUCGGGUUACACCCAGCAUCCUGCAGCUCAUGGCCCACAAUAAAGUGAUGGUAGAGAUGGUGUGUCUUCAUGUCAUUAGUUUGAUGGAGGCUUUGCAGGAGUGCAACUCAACCAUCUUUGUCAAGCUAAUUCCUAUGUGGCUGCCCAUGAUUCAGUCAAACCUUAAGCAUCUCUCUGCAGGGUUGCAGCUGCGUCUCCAGGCCAUCCAGAACAGGGUGAACCACCAGUGUCUGCAGGGCCCGACGUCCGCAGCCCCUCCGUUCGCCUUGCGCAAAUGGCUGCAGUGCACCCAGUUUAAAAUGGCUCAAGUGGAGAUUCAGUCGUCGGAGGCCGCCUCACAGUUCUACCCCAUGUGACUCGCUCUGUGGACACCUCGGGGUCAUCUGGGUCCUCAGACAUGCAUGCAUCUGCUCUGACCAAAAACAAAGGACUCUUAUGUAACCUGAUGCUGUGUGGGAUUCUUUUGAACUGAAUAUUUUUCAGCACUUUUAGUAUAAUACCUGUAUAUCUACAGCAAAUCUAUGGUAUUUUAAAGUACUAGCAUUGGAAGAGAUAAUUAAAGGUUUGGUAGGCUUGUGUGGGAUAAUUGUAUCAGCUGCCUAACUGUUGUAUUCAACAGAUAUGAAGUGUCAGUAGAUGACUAAGAGAACGUAUAUAGUAUUAUAGUGAGGCUCUGAAACAGCAAAUGCUUGUUGAAUUUUAGAUAUUCUCACUCUGUUACAUUCUUUACUUUUUAAGUUGCUUGGUUGCAAGCUGGAUAAUAAAAGUCCAAGUUUUUCUAAACACUGA